AUGGCUACCACCCCCGGACAACGUCUCUUCCCUGUGGUCGUCGACCACCUCGCCCAGACCAACCCAGCUCAGCGCAUCGGUCUCAUCCCCAAGGGUGCUGAUGUCUCUGAUGGCUAUGAUACUGUGACCGUCCAGCGUCUGGCCCGCGCGGUGAAUGUCUUUGCUUGGUGGAUUGAGAAGCAGAUCGGACGCGCCCAGAAGCCAGAGACCAUUGCUUACAUGGCUAGCAAUGAUGUGCGAUACUUGAUUUUCCUCUUGGCCGCUCAUAAGACGGGAUACAAGCCCCUCCUCCCCUCUACUCGUCUUUCCGACGACGCCUACCAGCACAUCCUCAACGCCACCGACUGCCACGCCUUCUUCUACACCCCCGAAAAGCAGCGCCGCGUGUCUGAAAUUCAGGCCUUCCGUCCGGAUACUGCCUUCCAUGAGGUGCCCUCUAUCGCAGAGCUUUUCAGCACCACUGCUCAGCCCUACCCCUACACCAAGACCUACCAGGAAGCGGAGGACGAUGUCGCCAUCAUCAUCCACAGCUCCGGCACAACAGUUGUAGGCAUGCCUAAACCCGUCCCCCUGACGCACGGCUUCCUCGCCACCCUCGACUACGGCGCAUACAUUUCGCGUCCCCAAUCCCGCCAAUCCACCAUGUUCAACGACCUCCAGCCCGACACCCUCGUCCUCUCCACCACCCCCUUCUUCCACCUUAUGGGUCUGCUCGCCUUCGCCGAAUCCCUCUUCCACCACAUCCCCUUUGUCGUUCUCCCCGACAAGCCUCUCUCCGCCGACCUCCUCACCUCCGUCAUCACCGCCACCAAGCCCGCGGCCGCCAUGCUGCCCCCUUCCCUUCUCGAAGACAUGUCCCACGUCCCAGCUGCCCGCGCCGCACUCAGCACCCUCGAAAAUGUCUACUUCGCUGGCGCCCCUCUCUCCCCGGAAGUCGGCGAUGAUCUGUCCCAGCUGACCAAGAUCAUCACUGUCAUCGGAUCCAGCGAAAUGGGCCUGAUCUCCUCGUUCGUGCCCCAAGGCACAAAUGUGUGGGGCUACUUCGACUGGAACCCCGCCUACGGAGUAGACAUGCGACAUGUCAGCGACGAUAUGUAUGAGCUUAUCAUCCCCCGCCGCGCAAACAGUCGCCGAAUUCAUGGCAUCUUCCACACCUUCCCAGACCGCUCCGAGUACCGCUCCAACGACCUCUUCACCCGACACCCCGAGCACCCUCACCUGUGGAAAUACCACGGCCGACUUGACGACGUGAUCGUUCUCAGCAACGGCGAGAAACUGAACCCCGUCACCCUGGAGAAGAUCGUCGAGGGGCACCCGCGCGUGCAGCGGGCUCUGCUCAUCGGCCAAGCCCGCUUCGACACGGCCCUCAUCAUCGAACCCAACAGGGCUCUCGAGGGCGAGAACAUCGACGAAAAAGCCUUUAUCGAGAGCAUUUGGCCCACCGUGGAGCGCGCGAACGAAGCCGUCCCCAAAUACGGCCGCAUCGCAAAGACCAGGAUCCGUCUCUCUGACCCCAAGAAGCCCUUCCAACUGACCCCCAAGGGCACCACGAAGCGCCACGCCGUGAACAAGGACUACAAAGACGAGAUCGACGCCAUCUACGCAGCAGCCGAGGAAGAAUCAGCCGCCGUCGAGCUCCCUACCACCCUCACCACCGACAACCUCCGCACUUUCGUCCGCUCCCUCAUCGCCAACCUCCUCGACCGCACUGACCUCCGCGACGACGAGGACCUCUACGCCGCCGGCCUGGACUCGCUGCAAACCAUCCAGCUCGCCAAAACCCUUAACAAGGCCGUCGUCGCCGCCGGCUACCCCGCCGGUCACGACAUCUCCCAGCAGCAAAUCUAUGCCAACCCCUCCGUAUCCCAGCUCGCUGCGUACCUACACGACCUAGUGACCGGCAACCUGCGCACAACGACCAUCUCCCGCGCCGACCGCAUCGCCGCCACCAUCGACAAAUACACCACCAAGCUCCCGCGCCGCACCACGCCCGCCGUCCCUGCCCCGGCCAACUCCACCGUGAUCCUCACCGGCUCGACCGGGUCGCUGGGAACCUACCUCCUACACAGCCUGCUCACCGACCCAAAGAUCGCAAAAGUCUACUGCUUCAACCGGUCCGAUGCGGCCGAGCGCCAACAGCGCAGCUUCGCCGACAAGGGUCUGGAUACUGCGCUGCUCAACCCCAGCCGGGUGGAAUUCCUCACUGUGUCAUUUGGCGCGCCCCGCUUCGGCCUGAGUGAGACCAAGUACGCCGAUCUCCUGGAGACCGUGGACUUCAUUAUCCACAACGCAUGGAAAGUCAACUUCAAUCACCCGCUGGAGUCGUUCGAGGACCCGCAUAUCAAGGGCGUGGUGGAGUUUAUUUCCUUCAGUGUGAGGAGCAAGUACAACGCACACUUGUCGUUCGUGUCCAGUGUGAGUACCAUCGGUGGAUGGACGGAGAAGUUGGGCCCCGUGGUGCCGGAGACGCCGGUGGAGAGUGUCGAUGCGGUGCUGGUGCAGGGGUACGGCGAGUCGAAGUUCGUCGGGGAGAGGUUGUGUCUGGCUGCGUCGGAGGGGAUGGGUGUGCCCACGACGGUGUUUAGGGUUGGGCAGAUUUCCGGGCCGACGACUGAGAAGGGCAUGUGGAAUUUGGAUGAGUGGGUGCCUACGUUGGUGAAGACCAGUAAGGCGGUUGGAAAGGUGCCGGCGGAUUUGGGUGGGUAUGAGGUUGAUUGGGUGCCUGUUGAUACCCUCUCCACCAUCACCACCGAACUCAUGCACACCCGUCGCCAAACCCAAUCCGCUACUCCACACGCCGUCUACCACCUUGUCAACCCCUGCAAGACUCCCUGGGCGACCCUCGUCCCCGCCGUUCAGGCCAAAUACCCCGGUAUGCAGACGGUGCCGCUAGACCAGUGGCUGGACGAGCUGGAGGCGAUCAAGUCACCGUCGGAGACCGAGGUGCGCGAGAAGCCCGCGCUGAAACUGCUUGAUUUCUACCGCGGACUCGCGGGCGAGGUGCUCUCGGCCAGUAUUAGUGUGGAGCAGACGCGCGGGGGCAGCAAGACCAUGGAGGGAUUGGGGGCUGUGACAGGCCAGUUGAUGGGGAAUUGGUUGGGGCAGUGGGAUUUCUGA